AUGGAUGUUGAAAUAUAUGAAGCAAAUUUCAAAGAUAAAGUAGUGUAUAGAAAGGAGGAUGGGAAGAAAUUUAUAAAUGAAUACGAGUUGAUGGAUGAACUAGGAGAAGGAUCAUUUGGAAAAGUGAGGAAAGUAACUCGGUACUAUAAAGAAACAGAAGAAUCAGAAGAACUUUGUAAAAGCGAUUAUGCUAUGAAAAUAUUUCAGAAAACAGUAUUAGCUCAUCAAAGGACUUGUUUUUAUGAUAGCAAUUCUAAUGAUCCAAAAAUGACUAAUUUAUUAGAGUUUGCUGAUAAUGAGAUCAACAUUCACAAAUAUCUCAAUCAUCCAAAUAUCUGUAAAUUGUACGAGGUAAUAGACGAUGAAGAUGAUCCAUAGCAGAAGAUGUAUUUAAUAAUGUAAUUGGGAGAUUUGGGAUGCAUUAUGAACUUCUGUGAAUUCUCAUUUAAAUAUAUUAGAAAUCAGGCUAUUCUUGAUUACCUGAAAAUGAACUACAUGCAAGCAGCCAAACUAAUAUUCAAAUAGCUAGCUUAAGCAAUAUAGUAUCUUCAUGAACACAAUAUUGUUAAUAGAGAUGUCAAAAUUGAUAAUAUUAUAUGCACCACUUUAUAUCCAUUGGAAGAGUGUUGUAAAUUAAUUGAUUUCUCGACUUCAAGAAUAGCUGAAAAAGAUAGUAUAUUCUAUGAUUGUGCUGGAACUCCAGGAUUUAGAGCCCCUGAAGUAUAAUUUUGUUUAAAUGACGGUUAUUCUCCAUUUAAACUUGAUAUAUGGUCAUUUGGAAUCUGUUUAUAUAUCUAUACACAUGAAAAACUACCUUUUUGGGGUGAAGGUGACUUAGAAACAGAUUUAUUAGCAAGAGAUUAACCAUUAUAAUUCGAAAUUUAGGAUGAUUUACUAAUCAAUCUAAUCAAUAGUUGUUGUGCAAAAAAACCGUAGGAUAGACCAACAAUAUAAGAAAUUUUAGAUCACGAAUGGUUUAAAUGA